GCGUGCUGGCCCGGAUCGGCGCCAUGAUGGGCGAGCACCACAGACGCAUGGUCGGGGACAUCGAGCAGCUGCUCGAGGGCCAGGACAGGCCCCCGCGCCCGCUGCAGCCCAGCGGCCCCGCCGGGCAGGGCUGCGCGGCGGGCCUGGCGAAGGCGGAGGCGCCGCCGACGGCCAGCCCGUCCUGCGGAGCCGCCGGCGCUGCGGCCGGCGAGGGCGGCGCUGCGCCCUCCUCGGCGAGCGCGUCCUGGCCGCGCUCCCCGCGCGGGGGGCAGAGCGCGCAGCCGGUGGCGCUGCUGCUGACCCCGGGCGCGCAGCAGGAGAAGCUGGGGCCGGCAGCGCAGGCGCGCGCGGCCGAGGCUGACAGCCUGAGCUCCAGCGCGAAGAAGAUCGCCAGCUCCCGCAUUAUGGCUGCCAGCGCUUCCCACAAGUUUGUCUUCUCUCUCAGUGCCGCGUCCAAGAAUGGGUCGGACUUCUCUUGA